ACUGAUACAAUGACUGCAAACCUACACAUCAUCGAUCCAGAUGGGGAGGUGACGAUAGUCCUCCACCAUCCAAACGCACCAUUCGCAGCGUUCGAUAAGGAGGUCGGUAACGACAACAACGGGGAUAUCGAUUCCCCAGACGGCGACACCUCUGACUCUAGACAGGAGCACGAUGAAGUGCGCUUUCAGGUUUCAGCAAAGCAUAUGAUCCUCGCAUCACCUGUAUUCAAACGACUUCUGAAGGGCCCUUGGAAGGAAGGCACUGAGCUUGCAAAACAGGGAUCAGUUGAGGUUGUGGUCGACAGCUGGGAUAGCGAAGCCCUUCUGAUCUUACUCAACAUCCUCCACUGCCGUCAUCGAGAUUUGCCCCACGAGAUGAGCGUCGAACAGCUGGCCAAAAUCGCUGUUAUAACCGACUAUUAUGACUGCCAUGCAUCCGUCGAGAUCUUCACGGACAUGUGGGUGAAGUCUUUCAGACCCGCGUCCUCAGAUACCCCUUUCAAUGAGAUGAUCAUGCGAUUAUUCAUCGCGUGGGUGUUCCGCCGACGGGAGGCAUGGGAUCAGGUUCAUAUAGAUGUCAUGAAAUGGAGCCAACGUUCAAUUCACUCUUUCGGCCUUCCGUUUCCAGAUCGCCUGAUCGGUAAUGCCCCCUCCCCCCGCCCAAAUCCAGUGACAUAUGGACUCAAUAAAGGACGAGAAGACGCUAUGAAUACCAUCAUCGACUCACUACAUGGCAGUGUCACAAAGCUGAUAACAUCCACCAAUGAAGGCGAGAAUGGUUUCGACAAGCGUUGCUUUGACUGUGGCUCAUCCAUGCUGGGCGCUCUGAUGAAGCAAAUGCAUUCUGCAUCAUUGCUUUGGCCAAGGCCAAUGCCCCCAUUCGAUGGCUUGAGUUUCGACGGCCUUGUGAAGACAUUACUGGUCUUCGAGAACCCCAAG